UGACGUGGACACGGAAGUGGUCGUCGCUGCGGCGGCACCGGUGGGAGCGGGGCUUGGGCUUUGGAGUGCGGCCGGCGGGCGGGCAGGAGUGGCCUCGCAGCGGCGGCAACUAAGCGCAGGGGUUGUCCGUUGGGUCCCGGUCCGCUGAGCCGACCACGGCCUCUGAAUCCCGCACGCCUGCCCGUCGGAGCCCGGAGCCAGGGCCCGCUCAGCCGGCGUCACCAUGACCAAGUCGGGUAGCAAGGGCGGGAACCUCCGCGACAAGCUGGACGGCAACGAGCUGGACCUGAGCCUCAGCGACCUGAAUGAGGUCCCCGUCAAGGAGCUGGCUGCGCUUCCAAAGGCUACCAUACUGGAUCUUUCCUGCAAUAAACUGAGCACUCUGCCGUCGGAUUUCUGUGGCCUCACGCACCUGGUGAAGCUGGACCUCAGCAAGAACAAGCUGCAGCAGCUGCCGUCGGACUUUGGCCGCCUGGUCAACCUCCAGCACCUGGAUCUCCUGAACAACAGGCUGGUCACCCUGCCCGUCAGCUUCGCACAGCUCAAGAACCUGAAGUGGCUGGACCUGAAGGACAACCCCCUGGAUCCUGUCCUGGCCAAAGUAGCUGGCGACUGCCUGGAUGAGAAGCAGUGCAAGCAGUGUGCAAACAAGGUGUUACAGCACAUGAAGGCCGUGCAGGCAGACCAGGAGCGUGAGAGGCAGCGGCGGCUGGAAGUGGAGCGAGAAGCAGAGAAGAAGCGGGAGGCCAAGCAGCGAGCAAAGGAAGCUCAGGAGCGUGAGGUGCGGAAGCGGGAAAAGGCGGAGGAGAAGGAGCGGCGGAAGAAGGAGUAUGAUGCCCUCAAGGCCUCCAAGCGGGAGCAGGAGAAGAAGCCCAAGAAGGAGGCAAAUCAGGCCCCGAGUAAGUUGACUCGGCACUGCAAGGUUCCUGCGCUGUCACUGAGUGAUGCACAGACCACUGUCAGACCAGUCGGACUUUCCCGCCUGGGAGCAGCACGGCAAGGCCCAAGGGAAUCCAAGUCUGGCUCCCGUCCCCGCAAGCCACCACCCCGGAAGCAGGCUCGGUCCUGGGCUGUGCUGAAGCUGCUGCUGCUGCUGCUGCUGUUGUGCGUGGGGGGUGGGCUGGUCGCGUGUCGCCUGACGGCGCUGCAGCAGCAGCCACUGUGCGCCACCGUGAACACCAUCUAUGACAACGCUGUGCAGGGGCUGCGCCGCCACGAGAUCCUCCGGUGGGUCCUGCAGCCUGACUCUCAGCAGUGAGCCGGAGCAGCCGCUGCAUCUCCCGGCCUCGGAGCUUGGAUUCCUAUGGAAUUGGGUUCUGCUGGACACAACCUCUUUAGCAUCAGACCUACCUGCCGUCAUCCAUGGCUGCCGACUGGUACUUGAGGCCUCCUCUUGUAGGACUUCUUCAUUCCCUAGUCAGGGCUCCCUGGAGGGAGGAGGAGGAGGAACGGGAGGUGGGGGAGUGACCUGCAUGCCUGAAGGAGUAGGCUUGGGCGGGGAGAGAACAGCCUUUUCUAGUUAUUACUGAAGCUGUCUAAAGGCAAGGCGCAUUUCUACUAAAUGGUCAGCUGUCACUACAUUUAUA